CACCUGCCCGGGUUGAUCUCUGCAGAUGCCUAUAUAAGUGAUAGCUGUUGACCGUUUGGACAGACACUCCCUGUUCAACUGUCAAGCCACUAAGAUGUCCAUCAACUCGUUUGCUCUGCCGCUGCUGCUCCUGCUCAGCCUUGCGCUCUCUGGCUGCUGGGCGAGGCCGCGGGAUCUGCUGAACGAGGUCAACUCCGAGGAAGCGACGCCCGACGACUACAUUGACAACGACCUGGUGCAGACCAUCUCCAACAGGCCUGUGGUUGGCACCCAGUUCCUCAAGCAGCGGCACGACUUCUACAUGCCCCCAGCUCAGCUCUAUCCCCAGCUGGUGAUACCCUUUGGUGGCGGCAACUACUACAGCAACUAUGUCCUGCCGAUGUCGACCUACGAGAUCGUUGAGCCGGAGCCCAUCUUCUAA